AACGGGCGAUUUUUGGGGCGGUUUCUUGGAAUUCGGGGGCGAGUUUUUGGGGAGAACUGGAAAUUCGGGAGCGGCUUCCCGGAACUCGGACGCAAGUUUUUGGGGCGGUGAGAACUGGAAAUUUUGGGCUGGUUUCUUGGAACUUGGAGGCGAGGUUUGGGGGCGAGCGGUGAGAACGGGUCUUUUUGGGUCGUUUCUGUGGAUUUUUAAAAGCGAGCAAUUAGGGGACCGGAAAGAACCGACCAUAUGGGGCCGGUUUCGCUUAAAUGGGAGAAAAUCCUCGGGGACUGAGGGGAUUGGACCAUUUUGGGCUGGUUUUGUGGAAUUUGGGCGGAAUUGACCGUUUGGGGCUGGUUUCGUGGGACUCGGAUGUGGGUUCUCGGAGACCCUUCGGAACUGCCCAUUUUGGGUCAGUUUGGUGUAACUCGGAAGUGAGCCCUUGGGCGGGGAAGAACCGACCAUUUUGGGCUGGUUUCACAGAACUCAGAAGUGAGAUUUUUUUAAAAAAAAAAGUCCAGCAAGAGCCGAGCGUUUGGGGGAUGUUUGAUGUAACUCGGUAAAUCCUCGGGGACCGGCGAGAUCUGACCAUUUUGGGUCACUUUUGUGUAACUCGGAGGCCAAGUUCUCAGGGACCAGCGAGAAUUGACCAUUUUGGGUCAGUUCCACGGAAUUCGGAGGAAUGCUUCGGAAGCUGGAAAUCAAGAAGGAGGAAGACCUGCAGUCCGUGGGGGAGGUGGCGGCCCUCGUUUUCAGCGACGGGGUGACGAACUGGGGGCGAGUCGUCACGCUCAUCUCCUUCGGCGCCUUCGUCGCCAAGCACCUGAAGAGCAUCAAGCAGGAGAAGUGCAUCGGCCCCUUGGCGAGGAUCAUCACGGACGCGCUCGUCUCAUCCAAGCGCGAGUGGCUGACGAGCCAGGGAGGCUGGGAGGGCUUCGUCGACUUCUUCCGAGUGGAAGACCUGGAAGGCAGCAUCAGGAACGUGCUGAUGGCGUUCGCGGGAGUGGCUGGACUGGGAGCGAGCUUGGCCUACAUGAUCCGGUGAGCCCCGGCACGCUGCAGAGGUGCAGAACUCUGGGUGGCCCGGCCCUGCUUGGAGCUGGCGAGCCGGUCACUUCCUCCUGAGCGUAUUUAUGAAGCCAGACUUGAGCGACCCCAGGAGAACACCUAGGCAUCCCCUGAGCAAUCCUUUCCUACGAAGGAAGGCGUGUUCCAGUCAGCUUGAGGGUACCAACGAGGAUUAUCGCUUUGGGAGCGGAAAGCGGAAGAGUUGGUCGAUAACCCGCUUCGUUUGAGAGCGUGAGGACAGAAAGCCCGAGUGGACUGCUUCGGUUUUUACCCCGGAGGGAAGCAAUCCGCCCGGCGAGCCAGCGAGCCCCGGCGGCUCUUGUCUGGACCGAAGCCUCCUGGGCUUGGCGCGGCGGCUGCGCCUGGAGCAGACGCUUCAGAGCCGGCGUUGGUGGGCGAGAGCAGCUCCAUGGCGGAGCUUCGAGUGCCGGGCGCGCGGCGUGAGCCCGGCGCCGUCUCGUGAAGGAGCAGAGCCCGGGGGUGCCCGCGCCGCCCCCCGGGGCCGUGACCAGGUGGCAGAGAGAGCCGGCAGAAGCAGGGCUGGCGCCGUAACCGCAGCCAGCUGCAGCCCGCCCGGGCUGGCCUGGCUGACUGCUCCUCUCGCUGCGCCGACGCGCCGCGCCACACGGGCGGUUUAAAAAUAGGGAGUGCACUUGUGGGUAUUUAAAAACAAAACAAAGCAAAAAAAAAAAAAAAAAUAGAACCACGGGGCGGAGAAAGCUGUAAAGAAGCUGUAAAUACUUCCAAGCUGUAGAAUAUGUACAUUUUUUUUUUACAGAGCUAACAAUGCAAAGGCGGGGGGGGGGGGGUUGAGCGUGACGGAGCCGCUUACGGGCGCGCUGUACUUCAUCCCUCGAAGUAGCGUGGUUGUGGCGGAGCCUUCGGCCUCGACUCCACGUGAGCCCUUCACGGAUGCACUCAGGCCAAAUCGCCAGGGAGCGCAGCAAGGAGCAGCGGGGGCUCGUGUUGUGCCCACAGCUUGCUGGCAGCAGUUGGUGUUCCUGUUUAUUUUUAUCUCUUUUUUGGUUUUUCUAGCUCUUCUAGUAGAGGGGGAACUGGGGAAGUUGUUAGCAGUUACUUCCUUCUCUCCCCUUUGAUUUUGACCCCGUAAGCAGCGAGUCGAACGAAGCUGGGAUUUGAAUGUAAGUGUUCUGCAGCAGAAUUAAAAAAAACUUGGUGCCUCCGCCAGGGCCAGCCCCGCGUGCUCCCACUGUGGAUCGGUUGGGUCCUGGGGCAGCUCAGCCUCGCAGAACGGGGUCCUGAGCAGGGAGAGGGGAGAGAAGGUGCCCACAGUGCUUGACCUGCAGCCUGAGCGAUGCCCCACGCGAAUGUGAGUGGGGAGCGCUCGCCAGGCCUGCUUGCGUGCUGAGCAAGCACUUAGUUUUGUCAAUAAAUGUCUUCUGUUCAA